CCCUCAGUCACCGUGGAUGCUUGUACCUCUGCGGUACCUUUCUGGUCAUACGACUCACUUAGACACUUUGAAGUGCAAUCCAGUCUGAUGACCAUGAUUCUUGGUGCGAUAACAGAGUGUGCGGUGUUUGGUGCACACGCUACCAAAUGUGCUAAAUACGGUAGCUCACUCCUGCUCCCUCGGUGUAUUGCAACAGGAGCAGUACAGCAACAGAUCAAUGCAGCAAAGAAAGCACAACCUAAUGAUGAAAGAGCAGCACCACGACCUACCAGUGAGAUCCCAGGGCCAAGGAUAUUCCCUAUUAUUGGGAGUCUACUGUCCAUGUUAAUAAAUUAUAAGUUUGAUUCGCGAGCCAUUCACAAAAUGUGGAUAGAAAUAAUCAAGGAUUAUGGACCCAUUGUCCAGUUUCAUCAGCCUGGAAUGGGUAAAAUGGUGGCACUGACCAAUCCUGAUGAUAUUGAACUGGUCACACGGGCAACGAUUGAAAACCCUGUGCGAAUAGGCUUUGAAUCAUUGCAGAAAAUUCGGAUGGACACAGUUGAUGAUUACUUUGAGAAGAAGACUGGCAUUCUUAUCGAGAAUGGUGAGGAGUGGUGGAGGGUCCGCAGUCGAGUACAGACACCCAUGAUGAAGAUCAAGAACGUUAAUGCGUAUCUCACGAGGAUGGACGAGGUCACCCUUGUGUUUAUGGACAGGAUUGCAGCAUUGCAGGAACAGUUUGGGGAAAUGCCAAGUGACUUCCAAUUUGAACUUUAUAAGUGGGCUCUUGAAUCUGUGAGUCUUAUCGCACUGAAUCGUAGACUGGGUUGUCUAGACCCCGAUAUACCUAUGGACUCGAAACCAAUGAAAAUGAUCAAAAUUGUUAAUGAGCUUUUUGAUUUACUGAAUGAGACGGAAAUAAAUCUACCAUACUGGAAGAUCUACCCUACACGUGCCUUCAGAAAACUCAAGAAGAACCACCAGGAAUUUUUGGAACUUGCAGAUUACCACAUCCAAGAGACAGAGGCACAACUGAAUAGUAAUGACAGCAGUGGUCACAAGGAGCCAUCUAUGAUGGAGACUCUCCUACUCACUCCUGGACUGUCCCGCAAAGAUGUUGUCACGCUCAUUCUUGACAUGCUCUUCGCUGGAAUUGACACAACUUCUCACACUAUUGGGUUCACUCUCUACUUGUUGGCACGUAAUCCAGAGGUACAAGCACGUUUACAACGGGAAGUAGACAGUGUCCUUGGUGAUCUGGAAGGUCCCAUCACUCCCAAUCAUAUGGCUCAGCUCUCUUACCUAAAAGCUGUUAUUAAAGAGUCUCUAAGGAUUUUCCCUCUGACUCCAGGAUUCGUGAGGACUCUAGAAAAAGAUAUUGUUCUCGGUGGAUAUUGUGUUCCCAAAGGGUGGAUGGCAGUUGGCUUCAAUAUUUUCAUAGGCUGGGAUGAGGCUUAUUUCCCUCGAGCCAAGGAGUUCAUCCCAGAGAGAUGGCUACGCCACAGGCCUCUGGGUCCCAUCCACCCAUAUGCCUCUCUUCCAUUUGGUUCUGGGACCAGAAUGUGUGUUGGACGACGUAUAGCAGAGCAGGAACUUCACACUUUCAUGGCCAGGGUGAUGCACCGCUUUACCGUGGACUACAAGCAUGAGGACAUAGACUGUGUCUCCAAGCUUGUAUUCGUGCCCUCCAAGCCUCUCAAGUUCACCUUCACUGAACGAAGAUAAAGCUGCUUGUUUUGUUGUAGUCUGUAAUACUACUCUGAUGAUGACCAAAGACAACAAGGUCUUUAUCCUAAGGACAACACUGCUAUUGUGUAUAAGUCUCCAAGUCCUGAUGAGAUAGUUGCAAAAGCCUUAAAGGAAUGUAAGGAUGAAGUUAAUACAUUAAACCCGGUAUUAUUGCGUUUACACACCGUUCAUUCCUACCACUAAUCUAUUAUCAAAUUCGAUUAAGACGUCUAAUUAUAAGAUAAAUUUCAUCUAUUACAUUACCGGCGGAAAUGUAUACUAAC